AGCAUUUUAUAUUGCAUUAUUGAAUUUAUUGACAUACUCAUAACAAUUCUAGAUAAUUCGUACGAGGGAAAAACAAAAUCGAAGAUGGUUCUAAUAAAUGCCGAUGCAAAGAUGCUGUUGGGGGGAUUUGUGUGUGCAAGGUCAGCCCAUUGUGCUGAAGAAUGCUAUCGGCUCACUACCAGUGCAAGCGUUGUUAUUUUAGGAGAAAAUAUCACUGUAACAGUUGAAAAGGGUUUUUUAACAGCUAUAAAUCAGAGUACGGGACAUUAUGAUACGUUGUCUAUUUUAACUAAGUUGUUUGAUAAAAAUAACAGCAUUACUGGAGCACGAAGUUGUAGUGAAUGAC